GCAUUAGUCGCUCAUUGACGGAACAAUGCCCCGCCGGCUCUUUAAAUGAUGAACAGCUCCCAAAUCAGCCACCAUCAGCUGAUUGCUCCAACGGGUUUAACCCAUGGCGCAAACGACAGUUGCGUCGCCUGCGUUAAUAGGGCCUGGCAGGUGAUUCGCAGCCGCCGGCGCUGCGCCGAGACGUAAUUGAAUCACUGCGGGCCGCGGCGUCUCCCCUCGUCCGCUGCGGUCGGCAAUGCAAUUUGCACACGGUUCGAACGGUGUGGGUCACAAGGCUGCACGAAGCAUUCAGCUGCUCGGUCUGAGAGGAUGUUCAGCAGACGCGAGAAACCCCGAAGAUCACCAUCACUACAAAUAGAAGCUGCGCGUGAAUGAACAGGAUUAGGUUGCAAUUUCAACGAAACGUCAUGUUCCAAAACACGGACCCAGAGAGAGUUCCACUGGUGACGGCCGCGCAGACGUACACCGCUGAGCGAAGUGCGUCCAAGCAGGAGGCCGCGCUCCGAGGCGGGCCCGGCGCCAUCAGCCAUUGCCAUGACAACAGCCACGCUCAGGAGGACCGGGAACGGGAGAAGCAGGUCGCCAGGAAGCGGCUGUACGUGGUCUCCGUCAUCUGCCUGGUUUUCAUGGUCGGUGAAACCACCGGCGGGUAUUUCGCCGGCAGCCUCGCGGUAAUGACGGACGCCGCCCACCUGCUGGUGGACCUGCUCAGCUUCAUCAUCAGCCUGUUGUCCCUGUGGCUCUCCUCCAGACGGGCCACGCACAAGCUGAGCUACGGCUGGCACCGAGCAGAGAUCCUGGGCGCGCUGCUGUCGGUUCUGACCAUCUGGCUGGUAACGGGAGUGCUGGUUUACCUGGCCGUGGAGCGCCUCAUCAGUGAUGACUACACCAUCGAGGGCACGGUCAUGCUCAUUACCUCGGGCUGUGCUGUGUUGGCCAAUAUUAUCAUGGCCCUCACCCUUCACCAGUCUGGCCACGGCCACAGUCACGGGGGGCUCAGCUCGCAAGGCCACGGCCACGCUCACAAGAAGGGGAGAGGAUGCGGUCACGUCUCCAGCAACGGCCAUGUGGACGCGGAGCAAAAUAACGGGCGCAGGGCCAAGCAGGCCAACGCCAGCGUGAGGGCGGCCUUCGUCCACGUGGUGGGAGACCUGCUGCAGAGCCUCAGCGUGCUCGUCAGCGCCGUCAUCAUCUUCUUCAAGCCUGAAUACAAGAUGGCCGACCCCAUCUGCACCUUUCUGUUCUCAAUACUGGUCUUGUGCACAACGUUUACCAUCAUGAGAGACAUCGUGGUGGUUCUGAUGGAAGGCGCUCCGUCGGGGGUGCGGUACCGCGAGGUUCGUCAAGGCCUGCUCGCGGUCAAGGGGGUGACGGCGGUGCACAACCUGCACAUCUGGGCGCUCACCAUGAACCAGGUCAUGCUGUCGGCACAUGUAGCCAUAGACGACUCGGCGGAUGCUCAGACGGUCCUCAGGGAAAUGACCCAGGCCUGUUUCUCCUCCUACAACUUCCACUCCGUUACCAUCCAGAUGGAGAGAGAAGCCGACCUGAAGCCCGGCUGUGUUCUGUGCGAAGACCCCAAGAUGUAGGAACCUUCUGUGGGCGCGGCCUGAGGGCAGCCGGUACUGGCUCCUGGAACGCGUCUGAAUCCGGAUCGGCUUCCUGCUGUGUGGAGUUUUAGAACCUUAACACUCAUGAUUUAGUUUUUAAUAGAAACCAAUGUUUUCUGUUUGAUACAUGGUCGUUUUUGACUUAACUGCCUAUUUAUUCUUCUGUUCACUCUUCUAAAAGUACUAACCCCUUGGUUGUGUACCUUCAUAGGAAGCAUUCAGUCUGGUGCUAAAGUACAGUUUGAGUAUAGUUCCAAUGUGUCAACAUAACACACAGGAUCCAUCUGCACAGUGUGUGGCUCACAAAUAUAGACCAAAGGAUAUUUCAGUGCUGUAUGUGGGAGGAAUCAAGUGUAUUUAUACGUGAUCAAAUGUCUCUUCACUGCUUUUGUACAGUUGUAAGGUACAUGCUGAGAUGAAUUAUUCAAUAAAAUAUUCCUUUUUUCACA